GCCCUCCCUGCUAAGUUAUCCUCUUGUCUAAUGUCUACUUUACACCCAUUGCAUGUACGUAUUUUUGUAUAAUCAUUACCCUAUAUAUAUAAAUGGCUGAAAAUAAUUCGAGGCGGAGGAGGGAAUUGCAAGUUGCCUCUCUUUUUUGGCUGACACAGCCCCGGGGGUGACUCUACAGUUGACUGCAAGAGUCAAUCAAACACAAGAAGAUAGAGAGAAACAUCAUGGAUUGUACUUUUGUUACUGGAUUCUGUUGAUUUCUAGUGUUAUGUCUUAUGUUACUUGGUUUUGUUGCUGACUUCGAUUUGGAUAUGGGUUUUAAGUGAUUUUCAUGUUUUGAUCAGCCAGACACUCUAUUGUGCUACUGGAUUCCAAAAUUUAAAUUUAUGGUUAGUGCUUGAAGGAUCUUUGAGGCAAGAAAUACUCCAAGACGCCUUUACCAGCACAUUAAUCUCAUUGGAAAGGAUGUGGCAUUUCUAGCAUUAUAACUCAAGGAACAACAAUGAAUACCUACAGGGUUUUGGAGCCUACACUUAAGGAUAUACUUAACGGGAUCCAACCUUUACGGGAGGAUUGGGUGGUGCGAUUUAAAGUCAUUGAAGAGUUGGAAGAUGUUGUUAAAUCUGUGGAAAGUCUGAGAGGUUCUACCGUGGAGCCAUUUGGAUCAUUUGUGUCAAAUCUCUUCACUCGAUGGGGAGACUUGGAUAUCUCAAUUGUGUUAUCUAAUGGUUCUUAUAUCUCAUCUGCUGGGAAGAGGCGCAAACAAAACUUGCUAGAGGAUGUUUUGAAAGCUUUGAGACAGAGAGGUGGAUGGCAGAGGUUGCAAUUUAUCCCAAAUGCAAGGGUUCCCAUUUUAAAAUUCGAGAAUGCUUCCAUCUCUUGCGAUGUUUCAAUUGAUAACAUGCAGGGUCUAAUGAAGUCCAAGUUCUUGUUCUGGAUCAAUGAGAUAGAUAGGCGUUUUCGUGAUAUGGUCCUACUGGUCAAGGAAUGGGCCAAAACUCACAAUAUAAAUAAUCCAAAGACUGGGUCAUUGAACUCGUACUCUCUCAGUUUGCUUGUCAUAUUCCAUUUUCAGACUUGUGUGCCUGCCAUUUUACCUCCCCUUAAAGAAAUUUACCCAAGAAAUGUUAUUGAUGAUCUUACAGGUGUGAGGACUGAUGCAGAAAGACGUAUUGGAGAAAUAUGUGCUGCUAAUAUAUCUAGAUAUAGAUCAAACAAAUCCAGAGCAAUUAAUCGAAAUUCUUUGUCUGAGCUUUUCAUUUCAUUCCUUACAAAGUUCUAUGACAUAAGUUCAAAGGCCACAGAGCUAGGAAUUUGUCCAUUUACGGGGAAGUGGGAAGAAAUCAGAAGCAACACGAGAUGGCUGCCCAGAACUUACGCAUUAUUUAUCGAGGAUCCCUUUGAGCAGCCAGAAAAUACUGCACGAGCUGUGAGUGCUGCAAACCUAAUGAAGAUAUCUGAAGCUAUUCAGACAACCCACCAUAGACUUGUGACGGCUAACCAGAAUCAGAUUUCUUUCUUGGGCAUGUUAGUCAGGCCACGAAUAUCACGUAUUAUUGCAGGAACACCAGCUAGUAACUCAAGCUAUACUGCUGGUCACCAAGUCAGAAUUCCAGUUGGGACCCCAAGCUACACAUCUGUUCACCGUGUCAGGACUCCAGUUGGGACCUCAAGCUACAUGGCUGGCCAGCAUAUUACAACUCGUUCACAAACUAGCAGGUCCGUGUAUUCACCAUCACAAGCACAGUUUCAAACUCUCAAUAUAAGUCCGGCAAGUCAUCCCAGCAAUUUGAGCUCCCAAACUCUCAAUAUAAGACCGGCAAGUCAUACCAGCAAUUUGAGCUCCCAAAGAAUGGGAAGCGGUUCAAGGAAUUCUACCAAUGAAAGACAGGAAAAUCAGACAAUCAAUUCAACCAGGCAAAGAUAUGUGCCACAUUAUCACAUUCAAGGGCAGCCAGCAUGGAGGCCUAAAUCAGAUCAAUAGAGUUUCCAGCAGUUCUCAUAUUGAAAGUUUCUACCAUGUUGUUGUGAAGAAAGUAGUAUCGUGCAGCUGUUUGAGCGUUUCCGAAGUAUUUUAGCGGUCCCUAGGUUAUGUGGUUGAUGCCUAGUCACUGGACUUAUCAGUGUGUGAUCAUUGUUUGAACCAUCACCAUCAGCAUCCAUCUCGGGAAACUAUUUUUAGAUUGUAAGUGCACGACUGUUUCUUGCAUUCGAUUGAAAUGAGAGAUGCCAUAUCUUCCUGGUAUAAACAAACAAUACCGGAGCAUAUCUUUUUACCA